AUGCGCGCGACGUCGCGAUGUCCUCGCCUCGCCGCGCGUCUCGCCUUGUUCCUCCUCGCGUCUUCCCUGUGCGUCGUCGCGUCCGCGGAGGAGAAGGCGCCGGCGACGCGAGACGCGAUGAACGCCGCGCGCCCGCUGACGACCGACGACGGCACGGCGCCCGCCGCCUUCGACGCGCGCGCGUACGACGACGACGUGAUUGGAAAGAGAGAGGUGGACGACUACCACUACAUCUUCAGCGCGGACUGCAAGCCGUACAUGGAGUGGCAGUCCGUCGCGGUGUACUACUCCUGGGUCGCCGCGGGGUCCCCCGGCGCGAUCACGCGACUCCUCGGCUGCGACGACCACGACGCGUACCCGUACGUCGACUCCGUGCCGACGCACAGGGCGCCGCUGUACACGAACGUGGACCCGAACGACGCGUACAGCGCGUACAACAUGCCGGGGAGCAUCCUGCACUGGUGCGAGCACAACACCACGGACAAGCGGUGGGUCGUGAAGCUCGACGCGGACAUGAUCCUCCGCAAGCCGCUCAGGCGCGGCGUGGACAACGAGAUGGCGGACAUGUUCGUGCCCGCGGACGUGAAACCGCGGCUCGCCAAGGCGGGCGGGUGGGAGAUCUUCUGGAGGAGCGACCUUCUGAAGGCGGCGCCGCUGUGGUUCGAAUACACGAAGAGGGUGCGACAGGACCCUCGCGCGCACUGGCCGUUUAAGGGCACUGGGGACGUGUACAUCACGAAGCAGUCGCCUCGGCCGUGGAUAUGCGAGAUGUACGGGUACGUGUUCGGGACCGCGAUGGCGGGUCUGGAGCACAACGUCGAGCACUCGUGCCAGCUGUACGCCGGGAUGGCGCCGUGGGACGCGGACUCGUUCGAUCCGUUUCUCUUGCACUACGGCAUCAGAAUAGACGUCGAGGACUGGAGUUGGGACAAGCACUCCAACCCCGGCCACGCCCUGAACUCGUCCAGGAGCUUCUCCACGACGAGCACGUCCGCGGGCAUCUCCCCCGCGUCGAUCGCCUCGAGCGCGGCGACUUUCUCGUCCGCGCUGACGCCGGACUCGUCCUCGAUGCCGUAUCGCUCGCGGCGAUCCACGAGUCGCGGGUCCUCGAUCGCGAGCGUGAGUCGCACCUCGUUGAAGUUCAUCUCGCGCUUGACGUACAGGAGCUUGAGGUAGUCUUUGAUCUCCGCGACCGCGGCUUCGAUCUUCGCGGCGUCGUCGUUCGCGGGGGGCGCGGGGGGCGC